UGUAAGGUACAGAGGGAUGUGUUUCAGAGCACGCUACAAGGACAUUUUUGAAAACAUGAGCAUUGAUCUGUGGAUUUAUUUUGCCCAUCUAUGACAGGUGGGAGAAAUUUGUAAAAUGGAUUUAUCAAUAUUUUGUUUUGGUAGCAUCCUUGUGGAAAAGGAUCUUAUCAGACUCAACAACUGCAGCCACCUGAUAAUGACAGAUACAGCAGGUGGCUAAGGACUUUGGCUAUUCUUUGUAUAUUUCUCUGCACUGCUGUGUUGGUGUCUCCACGAAGACAGAAACGUCUAUUUAAAAACAUCAGAAAUGGGCUGCUCACCAUCCAAAGGUAACAAUUUUGGGGCUUUGGGUCCCAUGAGGAAGGGGAGAAUGCUGCCCCCUGCACCUCAAGAAGACCCCAGAGAGUCCCACUUUGAAAAUGGAGAGAAUCAUAAUUCAGCUGUAUCAACAGAUGGGGAUACAAAGGAGAGGAAGGCAGCCGGACAAACCCAGGUAUUUCAGAAAGAGGCUCAUAUGACACCACAGAAAAAGAGAUCUGUGACUGAGCUAGCACCUGAAGCAGUAAACAUGGACAAAUUGGGAGGUCAAGGAAUGGACAACAAUACAGUUUCACAGAGAAAAGAGAAAAAUGUUGACAAGCAAGAUGUGACAGAAAAAAAGCCUGGCAGAAAACCAAAGAAAAAUACCAGAGGUAUUAAGGUGCCCAAAAAGAAAGACAAGGAUAAAGACAAACCACCUACAGAACAGAAAGUGGACUUCCCAGAACCUUUGGUAAAAGCUCACCAAGCUGCUUAUGCCUUUUUGAAUCCUAGCAUAAAUAAAUAUGACGUUUUACUAGGACUUUUGGAACAAGCAACCCAUACACAGGUUUCUGUGCAGCCUAUGGUUGCUUUCAUGGCUCUACGCUAUGAGGAAAUAAUUCAGGGACUGGAAGAGAUGGCAGACGAGGGAGAAAAAGUUUUAAAAGAAAAUGGAGAACAUCUUGCUUGGCCAAGUCAAAUGAAAAACCUCUCAUCUUCUCCACCUCUGAAGUCUGGCUCUGCUAAUAUUGAGCCCCCACCGGAUCUGCUGCAGCAGCUGCUUCAGUACACCACACAGAGAAUGCGAAAUGUAAGCCAGACUGUUGGUGGAAUUGGGGACUCUGCUUUGGAAGAGGCAGUGGAGUACUUUGCCUCUGUCUCAGAACUUUUAGAGGAGAAACUAAAAGUCAAACGUGCAGUAGAGACUAGGCUAAUGCAACUCUUAUCUCGCAUUGAAAUGGCCUCUCUGCGCAAGCCUGGGCCAGAGGAUUCUGCUCUCUUUAGUGAAGACAGUGGUAUUGGGGCAGAGAAUGAAUCCCUAGCUGGAUCUGAAAGGCGGCGUAGACGAGCGAGUUCUGAGUCUACUGGGACAAAUAGAACUACUCCUGGCAGUCCUAUGGGAUACACCCCCAUGAGCAUUAGGCAAGGAGUGUCAAGGCAAAAGCUUGCAAGAAAAAUAAGUCCAAGUGUUUCUCUUACCUCACUCAACUCAUUAGGUUCUAUAUGUACCAUAAUGGCUAAUGACCAAAGAGACUCAUUGCUUGGAUCAGUCUCCUUAGAUGAUGGGGAGGAAGAAGAUAAUGAUGAUGAUGAUGAUGAGAUUGAUAGAGGUAUGGGAGCUGUGCAAGUAGGGUUAAUAAAGCAAUCAAAUUCUUCACCUGUACACUGUGGGAAACAAUACCCACGCCGCCUACCCCCAAAACGCAUAGAGAAUCCUCAAAAUGUAGAAAUGACUCUCAAAAUGAAAAAUGCAAUAAGUGGUAGGAUACAGUUUGUUCCAUCACAGAACUCUAGUGCCAAAACAAAGGUAGUUGGCAGCCCAAAAACCAGUAGACGCCAGUGGAUGGACGAGGAGGAACGAUCUCCAAGGAGGCCUCAAACAGCAGCACCUAUUCGGAAGGCUGUGGUAAAAAAGACGCCAGUGGCUAGGGAGCGACGUUCCCAGUCAGCGGAAUCCAUCCGGAGCAAAGGUGAAGAUCCUACCCUGCUUGAACUAGAUAGAACCCAGAAGGAUUUAAACCAGAAGAUGCAGAGGAUGAGUAAAAACAAGGCAGGUGGAAACAUGAUGACUGCUCAACCUAAACAAAGUCAAGGAACCUCUCCAGCUCAAUCACCGGCAAUCAAUCGUAAACAUCCCUUACUAGAGAAAAACAGCAAUCCCCAACCACUUAAGGAUAAAGCAGGCCUCACAAAACGCAACAAUAAAAAAACAGAGGUAACCAGUGAUGUCGAAGAAGAUAAAUCAAAGGACAAGAAAACAUCCAAGGGUCCUAUAAAAGCCACCCCACCCCCUAGCCCUCCUUUAUCACCUCGACCAUCAUCUAGUCUUUACAGAGGGCGGAACUCAGUCAAAAAACUGAUAGAUACCUUCAGUCAAGGAAUAGUGGAACUAGACGGUCCUGAAGUUCUGGGGCCUCUCAAAGGAGUACGGAAGUGUGGUGUUCCUGUGUUACCUGGUUUAGGAAAUGUAGAAGCUGUGCUCAGCACUGGGAUAACCAGUUGUAGACAUGAAUCCUCUUCAUCUGAGAAAAACGAAUAUUUUGAUCUGGAUAGUCUUCCUCCGCCUCCACUGGAAGUGUUAAUGGACAAUUCCUUUGAAAGUGCCCAGAAUCUUUCAACUGGUGUAGCAGAUGAAGGGGCUACAAAAGUUAAAAAAUCCCCUGUAUUAAAAAGGGCUGCAGUAUCACAACGACUGAGGGCCUCAGUUCAGUCAGUGACAGUGCUUCCAAGUAAAGGAGGCCUGCCACAAGCUUCCAAGGUUGUUUCCUUUGCUAGAACAGAACAAAAGGACCCAUCUGCUCCGUUAAAGGUCAGCCCAUCAGAUGUUCAACUGGAGGUAGACCCAGGAGAUGAAAAGAAUUCCUUGUACCAGCAAGCCAGAAAGAUAAUACACCUAAGACACUCUUCAGACUCAGAGAAACUGUCAACAACUGGUGUAGCAACAAAUCCAUCAGCCAAUCAAGAAGAAUCAGCAGACAUAAAUGAUGGUGGUAAUCUUUCAGUGCCUGGACCUAACACUACAGUGUCUACAGUGCCUCUUUCUUCAGUAGUCAGUAGUCAACCACCUGCCACCCCACCCAUGUCUAGGGGGCGAAUGUUACCAUCCACCCCUUCUACAUCAAGCAGUCUGCAUCGAAGACUUCCCAGUCCCCGCAGCUUCAAAAGACAAUCUACUCCAACCUCUUCAGCUAGCCCCCCUGCUAACAGGAAACUCACCACACCACCAGCAGUUCAGAGGAGGCUCCCCAGUCCACCUGUUGCAAAGCAGAACAUUUUAAACUCAAACUCACCCAACUCCUACCCUUUUAAAGCACCGUCUCCACCAGCCUCACCAAAAGUACAAAGAUGGUCAAGGGAGAACAGCAGUGAAGACUUAUCUAGUGCUCGUUUGAUCAGUAAUGCACGUUCAGUCUUCUGCCCUGCCUCUCCAUCCCUGUUUGAGGCCAAGCCUUGUCCAGUUCCCAGACCCCCUCAAGCAUGGACCUCUACCGGGGUCUCCUUUCUCUCACGUUCUUGGGGUAGUCGUGGGAGGUUUCCUGUAUCUGUUCAAGGACCUCGACCCUUCAUCCGACGUAGCUAUUCAGACCGAAGGCCAAGUCUAAGUCUGCCACCAAGAUCUCCAGGCAUCUCUGUGGCUGAGACUUGUGGGAGUGAGCCAGCAAUAUAUUCACAGGGGCUGGAUGAUGAACCAACCAGGGAUGAUGAAUUAUGGGGUAGCCAAUCAGACCUCAGAGCUACAGCACGCUCUGCAUCACAGCCGGACCUGUGUGUUGUUGGACAGUCCUUACACAGAGACUAAAAGGGGCCAAUGAAAGGCCAGUGGGAUUACGGAUUAGAAGGCUUUACCAAGGAUUUAACAUGGUGUUGUUAAUUCCACUGGGAAGAGAGGAAGCACUAAAUCUAUCCACUUUGCAGAGGUAACACACCUCCACAAUGUUUAUAAUAAAGUGGUGGGGAAAUGUGCUCUGGAACAUGUUCUGGGAUUUACUUUUGCAUUACAUGUAUCUCAGAGAAAAAAACAUAUGACACAAUUUCAUGUUUACAAUAUGUGGAAUUCAUCCAAUACCUGGCAUCACAACAUUACUACAGAUUACAGUGCAGAACUUUCACUUAAUUCAGUUCAAUUACUAUGUGGUGUCUUGGUGGCUCUGUGGUUUUAGGUGUUCCCAACUGUUAUUGAUUUAAAAAAGAAGGGAGUAUGGUCCACAAAUAUUAAAAUGUGUUAAUAAAUAUUGGAUUGCUCCAUCUUUCUUUGUGCUACAAGCUAAAAAAAAAGGCCAAUCUCAACUACUAUUUUCAAGGGAGAAUUUUUUUUAACCAAUGUUACUUUUCUGUUUGAUGUUUCAUUUUUACAAUUUGUUUAUUAAUAAAAAAAACACAAUUAUUCAUACUUUUGU